AUGAACAUACCAUUCUAUGGCAGAAAGAGGAGUCAGGCAGUGGACACUGUUUUGGUUGUUCCACAUGAUGAAAGUGAGGAUGAGUUAGAUGGUAGUGAUGAGGAAAAUGAGGAGGAAAGACCUAUCAAUGAGGGAGAAAGUGAUGAGUCAGAUAGAGAUGCUGAAGAAAGAGAUGGAGAGCUGGAAGAGGACGAAGAGGAACAAGCAUACAUAAAAGCUAAGGACCUGAAUCUCACAUGGAAAACUGGCCGAAAAAGUAUACCCCCUGUCCCCCAGUUGAAAAUCAGUCUUCCUCAGGCCACAGAGGUAAAAGCACCAAUUGACUACUUCAGAAACCUGAUAGAAGAUGCAAUUGAAAACAUCGUCACACAGAGCAACUUGUAUGCCAGCCAGUGUGACAUAAAUAAGCCGCUUAACAUUACUUUCAAAGAGAUUGAGCGGUUCAUUGGCAUUGCACAGUACAUGGCAGUCUUCAACUUUCCAAAAACACGAUUGUACUGGAGCACAGCUGCAAGGGUGGACUGCAUUGCCAACACUAUGUCAGUGAAUCGCUGGGAGACCAUCAAGAGAUACCUCCACUUCAGCAACAAUGAAAACCACAUCCCAGCAGGUCAGCCUGGGCAUGAUGCACUCUUCAAAAUUCGUCCUCUCCUGACAGCUCUGAAGAAGAGCUUCAAUACUGUUCCAAUGCAUGAGAUGCUCUGUGCUGAUGAACAGAUUGUGCCCAUCAUUCACAACUUUGAGGUCUACACUGGAACCAUCACUCGAGCUGAAGGGAAGCCAGACAUUGGUGCCAGUGGCAACAUUGUUCUAAAGCUGUGUUCAGUCAUUCCCACCAACCAGUCCUUCAAGUUGUUUUUUGAUAACUGGUUCUGCAGCAUCGACCUACAAGUCCAACUUGAGAAAAUGAAAAUCCAUAGUGUUGGAACAGUGAGAUCCUCAAGGUUGCCCAAUUGCACCUUUACUGAAGACAAAACAAUGAAGAAAAAAGGAAGAGGGACCUUUGAAGAGAAGGAAACGAAAUUUGAGGGCGUCAACCUGAGAGCAGUGAAGUGGCAUGAUAACCGUUCAGUCCACUUGCUAAGUACCUAUGCAGCAGCCUACCCCACAACCUUGGUCAAGAGAUGGGACAAGAAGACCCAAAAAGUGGUGGAGGUGGUAAGGCCAAACAUUGUGUCUAUCUACAACAAAAGCAUGGGUGGAGUAGACCUCCUUGAUUCCCUUAUCGCACUGUAUCGCACCAAAGUGCGAUCCAAGAAAUGGUAUCUGCGCCUCUUCUUCCACAUGAUGGACGUGGCGAUGGUGGAGGCUUGGCUGCUUUACAGAAGAGAUUCCACCAGUUGUGGUGUGGAACAAAAGGAGCAGCUGAGAUUGAUGGACUUCAAAUCUGAGGUGGCAAGCUGCCUCUGCAAAAAAGACACACUUUGCAGGAAGAGGGGACGUCCAUCUCUGAGUGUCCAGGCAGGUUUAGACCUGAAAAAAAGACGCGGCGCAACUGCACCUCUACCCCGGCCCCACUCCGCUUGGACCGCAUAG